AUGGCAAUUGCUUUGGCUGAGGCAGACAAGUAUGAGGUGCUGGAGAGAAUUGGUUGUGGUUCCUUUGGAAUCAUCCGAAAGGUCAAGCGGAAGAACGAUGGUUUGAUCCUCUGUCGCAAAGAGAUCAACUACAUCAAAAUGUCCCAGAAGGAGCGAGAGCAGCUCACGGCCGAAUUCAACAUCUUGAGCUCCCUCCGUCACCCCAACAUCGUCGCUUACUACCAUCGUGAACAUCUCAAAGCGAGCCAAGACCUAUACCUGUACAUGGAAUAUUGCGGUGGCGGAGACCUGAGUAUGGUCAUCAAGAACCUGAAAAAGACAAACAAAUUUGCGGAAGAGGAGUUCGUCUGGCGCAUCCUGGCACAGCUGGUGACAGCACUAUAUCGCUGCCACUAUGGUACGGACGCGCCGGAAAUCGGGUCAAACGUCCUUGGUCCUGCCCCCAAGCCCUCCGGUCUGAAGGGGAAACAGGCACAAAUGACCAUUCUGCAUCGCGACUUGAAGCCCGAAAACAUCUUCCUGGGUAAUGACAACACAGUCAAGCUUGGUGACUUUGGUUUAUCCAAGUUGAUGCACUCUCACGACUUCGCAUCCACCUACGUGGGAACUCCCUUCUACAUGUCCCCGGAGAUCUGCGCUGCAGAGAAGUAUACUCUUCGUUCCGACAUCUGGGCAGUUGGCUGUAUCAUGUACGAGCUGUGCCAGAAGGAACCCCCAUUCAAUGCCAGGACCCAUAUCCAGCUGGUGCAAAAAAUUCGGGAGGGGAAGUUCCCCCCUCUACCAGAGUUCUAUUCUCCCGAAUUGAGAAACGUCAUCGCGAGUUGCCUGCGCGUCAACCCCGACAACCGACCCGAUACCGCUGCCUUGAUCAAUCUCCCUAUUAUUCGCUUGGUCCGAAAAGAGAAAGAGGUUGUCGACAUCGGCAGAACGCUGCGAAAGCGUGAGGAGGUCGCUUUGCACAAAGUCAGGGACAUGGAGCAGAACGUCCUCAAGAUCGAAAAGGAAAAACAACAAAUGAAAGCAGAGAUCGAAAGCACUGUUCGCAGAGAAUGGGAAGUGAAAGCUAGACUAGAAAUUGACCGUCAAGUGCAGAACGAACUCGAAAAAUUGCGAAGGAGGUUCGACUUCGAGGUUCACGAGAGAGUUGGUAUGGAACUGGAGAAGCACAAGAGAAACAGCAAUGCCCAUAACGACAGCGGAUUCCAGUCCAGCCACACAUCGCAAUCCUCUGGGGAUGAUCAGGAACCUUCGAAUACUGACAUCAGUCACCUGUCCCUGGAGUCGCCUUCGGCAAACGGGAACAAGGCAAUCAAGAAGGAGACCCGUACUCCGCUGUGCCGUUCCAAGACCGUGAUUGACUCCCCUAUCGACAUACAAAUGGCCGAGCCUUCUCCAAUGUCGAUUGCUUCCCUUUCGUUGUCGCCACGUCGUGCGGCCGCACAGAAUAAUGGUCCAGGCAAGAAUAUCUUCGCGGACCCAGAACGGCACAAGCCUAAAUGGGAACCAGCUCUGACAUACUCUGACGACGAGGACGAUACUCCCGACCUGCCUUCGCCGACGCGUCCCAAGGUCAGACCCGACCCAUUCAAGGCCCCUGCUCGGCCACUUUUGCGGCAGAACACCGCGGCCUUCAUGCAAAAACUAAGCAGCCAGCCUUCGCUUUUCCCAGCCAACCAAUCUAGAUUGCCUCAAGCAUCGGGUAAUAAUGGCCAGAAUGAGGCAAGACCCAAAUCACCUCACCGUCGCUUGUCUAAGAUUCCAUCCUCUGCAAACCUUGCCGCCGAUGCCGGAUCUCCCACCCGCAAGACUGGUUCCAAACAACUCACGUCUAAGGCAAACGGUGGCGGGGAAGAGAUGUUCAAGGCUGUGAUGCAGCGCAACAUGGGUGGCAGGACCCUGGUGGAGCUUGCACAGGCCAGAGCCGGAGGUCGACCCCUCGAUGAGGUGAAGCGGUGCGCAAGUGACUCGCGUACUUCGAGCUCUAAUCCCCUCAAGUCAUCUGAUCGCGAGCCACCAGCAGUGUGGGAUCCCGAGAGGGAUGAAAUGCCCAGUCCCUUCUUGAACCGUGGAAAGAAGGUCAUCCGCAACUUGAGGUGA